UUCUCGAUGACGCAUAGAUCGUUGCAUCUCUCUCUCUCUCUGCAUUUUGCAGUGAGCGACAGGGGUGGGAGGGAGAGAGAGUUAGGGUUUCUAUGCAUGGUCGGCGCAGAGGAGGCAGCGAUGGACCCGAAGGAACCACAGCCGACGAUCUACGAAAUGGAAGAAGCCUCCACCCCUCUAUAUGCGGACCGCAGUUGCUGCUUCUGCUUCCGCAGCUGCUUCCCCUCCCGGGCCCGAUCCUCACCCCUUGGACCCUCCUUCUGGGAGCGCGUCGGCUCCGGCCAGCACGACGAUCGGUGGUGGGCACGGGGCCUCAGGGCGCUGACGAAGCUCCGGGAAUGGUCCGAGAUCGCAGCCGGACCCAGGUGGAAGACCUUCAUACGGCGGUUCAAUCGGACACGCAGCGGCUGCGCCGGAGGGGGCCCGAGGCACGGGAAGUUCCACUACGAUGCAUUCAACUACUCCCUCAACUUCGACGAGGGGUCCAACAGCAUCGAAUUCGUGGAAGAGGAGCCCGACCGCCACAGCUUCAGAAACUUCUCCGCCCGGUUCGCCUCCGUCCCCGGGCCGGUGAAGCAAGUCCCCCCGGUGGAUAUCUCUGGCAAGGGCAAGGAGGUGCCGGUUUUCGGGUGAUGCGGCCCGACCCGGUUGAGCAGGCUAAGUCGGUAAUCCAAAUCCAGCGCCGAGGUUGCUAACCUGCGCCACGCCGCCGGGAUUGUCUGGACCGUGGACUGUUGACUUUUCCCUGCGGACUCGUCAUUUUCUUUUUUCUUUUUAAUUAAUAGUUUUCUUUUUUUUGUAUGCUUUUAUUAUUAUUAUUAUUAUUAUUAUUUAAUGGUGUACAAAAGAGGGGAAAUUGUUUAAUUAGGGAGGUUUCGUGAAUAAUGCAUAGAAGUUUGGCUUGUAAAAUGAAUUUUUUUAUUAAUUAAGGAAUAGGCAAUAACAAAGGUUACUUGCGGUAAUAAAAUUAUACAUUCGUGCUCCCA